UGUACACAUUCAAUUACAUUACUAUGAUCUAAUUGCUUUUAUGUACAUAGCUGACCUUUAAAAUGUUAUAUCCUUACUUUUUCUAUACAUUUGUGCAUUGUGUACUUGGCAUUACAAAUGUUUGGUUAUCAAAGCAAUACAGUUUAUUGGUGGGGGAGGGUUAUUGUCAUAUACAGAUGGCAUUAGAUGGAACAUUUUUGGCUGACAGAUAUGCCCUUCUUCUCUCUGUUUUAUAAGGAUACCACUUCAUUAUAUAUCCAAUAAGGAAACGAGAAGUUAAUCAUCUUAAGUAAAUAACAGCAUGAGUAAAACUAUAAAAAUUGGAGGUUCCACAGUAUUUUUGAUGUAGCCUGUAUUCUACUACUCUGCAAAAUAUUUUACCACGCCUAAAACGCUUAAUGUGUCUGUGUGUGGUGCACAACAACAUAAAUGCGUUGGUGGUAAGAAAAUAUUUACCGAACAACGUGAUGCGCGUUCAUGCUGCAAGGUGACGUAUUCAAUUAUUAACUCCGCUUGUCCUCUGCCCUGAGUCUGUCGCAGGUACAGAUAUAUGCUCUCGAAGCACUCAAACGAGAGGAAACGGAAGGACUAAAUCCAGGAGAAACAGAUUUGAACUGCCCCAGACAAACGGGUGAAAGAAAACCUCUCGUCGACGGAAGUUAUUUAAAAUAAUUCAUAUAUUUUCCCUCUCAGAGUGGGAUAAGAUCAAAGUCCACUUCUGCUUGGUCCCUCAUGACAAAGACUGAACAGGUUUGUUUCAGUCAGUCCGUGGCGAAAAUACUUAACGGAUAAACAAGAUCUCUUGACGACCAAGAGAUGACAAAACAAGAUAUAUGUCAACGUUUUUUGUGUUAAUGGCUGAAAUGAAGAUUACAUUGGGCUCAAUUAAUGGUAGUUUUAUGUCCGUCCUCCAAACCCUGAUGCUGUAAAGGGGUUAAAAUUAAUAAUUAUAUUCCACUCCACCGGUCCUGGGGUGGGUGGACCACUAGUAUGGACCCCUGGCAAAAUCUGGUGUCCAGAUGUUCGGCAUGGUGGCAGAUGCAUACGCCUCAUGCUCUGAGAGCUUGUGUGUACGAACUGCUGUGCAUCGCGGCCCUGGUGGCUGUGAUUGUGUAUGCUUUGGCAGAUAAUCUACACAGCUUUGUAAGCAGGAUCUUCAUUCCCCAGUAUCACUAUCCUUAUGCGGUGCCACUUGCAUUCAUACAGGUGUUUCUAAAUCUCCUGGCACUGCUAGCUUUGCACAGUGUGGGUCUGAUCCACCUGAAGCCUUUUUCACUGAGCCUGGGUGAGCGUUUGUUUGUGCCGGCGGUCUGUGGGAGCAUCCAGUGCAUUCUGGCCAUAUGGGCUGAAGCCUAUUCCCACUCUGGCCUGUACCUGCUAAUCGCCCGCUUCCUCCCAAUGGUCAGUCUGUGCUUGGGUCACCUGUUUGCACUGAGUAUGCCAGGCUCCAUCCAUGUCUCCUCCCUUUUGACUGUGCUCACUGUCGCCUCGGAUACCGUUACAGCAUGUAAAGGACUUCAUGCGAUAGAGCCACUGGAGUACGUCUACUCUCCCCUUAACCUUGUCCUUCACAGCCUCUCUCUUGCCUGGCUAGCCAAAGUCUCCCAAACGGAGCGAGGUCAUGCCUCAACCUUUGACCUUUACUACACUCUGACAGUGACACGUACCCUCUUGUUAGGAUUCCUGUGUGUUUUGCACCCUGAUGGACCAAAGGCACUGAUGCAUGGCAACUGGAACAGUCUGCUGUUUAUGGGAUACAUGCUCGGGAUGUUACUGCUGGGUGCUGUGCAGCUUCUCUUUGUGGAUGUAACGGCACUGUAUUUUUCUGCUCUCCCAGCAGCCAUGCUGCAUGCAACCAGAGGGCUGGUUCUACCCCUGUUCAGUCUGCUGUAGCACAUACGGACCAAUCAGAGUGUAGAUCAUUCUGAAGAGGAACCGUUUAUGUAGAGUAAACUAUCAAAUACAUGAUUGAUGAUAGCAGUAUUAAAACCAAAUUUAUAGGCAUGACAACCUCAUGUUAAGAUCAUUAUAAUUAAUUAAUAUGGUAAUGCUACCAGUUAGCACUGAUGUGCGACUCGUUUCUUUGCUUGCACUGAAACUAUGACACAAUUAUGACACACAUCCUACAAAUGGGGUGUUUUCAUGAAGGAGCUGAUACUUAAGUUCUGGAAUUAAAUUAUUAAAGGUAAAAUACAGGUUUCUCAGACCAGCUUUUAUGUACAGGCUAUAUUAUUAUUUUUAUGUCUCAGCUAGAAGUUCAGAGAAAAAAUAAAUAAAUAAAUAAAAUUUAUAUAUAUAUAUAUAUAGUGCAUGAAAUUACUUUUUUUAGUACCUUUAGGGUUUGCAUUGCAAUGUAAUUUCAUAAAAUAAACCACAAUUUCAUAGUGCAAAAUCCUCAUUCUAAUUACUGCAAUGCAAAAAUUAAGUUAUGGUUGUAACGUAUUGGUUGUUCUGAGUUUAACUUAUGCCUUUAUUUUAUGUUUUUAUUUUUAAAAAGUCAUGAAAAUGACACAUCCAGAUGCAUUACAGUAAUAAGAAUGGACAAUGCGCUUAAUUGUCUUGAAAAUAACUACAGAAUACAAAAGAAAUGAACUUUAAAGGCCGUAAAAAUACCUUCAUUUUCAAUGCAAAAUUGAUAUAUAUAUAUAUAUAUAUAAUAUUUUGAGGGUGAAAUAUGAUCUAAGCAUGUUCUUGACAAGCUAUGUGAGAGUCACCUAAGUAUGCCAUUCCUCUUACAAUAACCUUAUAAACUUAGACCAGAGCAGCCCUUCACUGCAUGCUUUCUAGAAAUAUAAACUAUAAGCUAUAAAGAGAUAUAAACUGCAAUACAAUGGACUUAAGACUAUUACAGUAGCAAUAUGUUAUUUAAAUAGAAAACCUGUGACUCAUGUAUUUAUUUAGCUCCUAAUAUACAGUACAAACUACAGUAUUAUUGUUAAUGUUUGGAGCAAAUAAAACAUAUUGAUGAGGUGUUCUCCUA